AUGUUGCUAGCUGUGGCUGGUAUCAAGGGUUGGGUUCUCCAUCAGUUAGAUGUGAAUAAUGCAUUCUUACAUGGAGAUCUAAAUGAAGAGGUGUAUAUGAAACUACCCCUGGUUUCACUCCUAGCAAGCCUGGUCAAAGGCACAGCUGAUAAUUUUGUAGCCUUGCUAAUCUAUGUAGAUGAUGUGAUUGUUGCAAGACCUAAUCUGAGUCAAGUUCAACAGAUUAAAAGGAACCUGGAUACUGUGUUCCAGAUCAAAGAUCUAGGAACCUUAAGGUUCUUUCUGGGGUUGGAAAUUGCAAGAAACAGCAAAGGCAUCUCAAUGACACAAAGAAAGUAUACACUAGAAUUACUUGAAGAAGCAGUUUUUUUACAGUGCAAGCCAGCCAAGACUCCAAUGGUUACAUCUAUUAAGUUAAGCAAAACAAGUGGCAACAAACUUCAGGAUGUUACUCAGUACAGAAGACUUGUGGGAAAGCUGCUCUAUCUCACUAGUACUAGACCUGAUAUAAGCUAUGCAACACAGUAA